GGUGUGGACUUUGUUUUCCCUUUGUGUUUGAUUGUCUGGUUUUUUUUUAAAUUAAUUGUCUGUUGAUUGUUAUUGUCUUUUUUAUUAACUCAUAAUUAGUUGAUUAUUAUCCUUCCUUGUCCUUUACCUUUUUUACCAAACAAUAAAGGUUACCAUUUUGUUGUUAAUCUUGUUUUAACAAUUUGUUUUUGCUAAUUCUCACUCAAUCAAUCUAAGGGAUGGCUAAUUUUGCCAAGAAGCUUGAUCUGGAUAAUCAUGUUCUCAACUACCGAGCUCGUCUUAAAAGUGAUUAUGAUCGUAAAUUAAGGGCAAAAAAUUUCGCUAAACUGUAUUACCUCAACAAAGAGUAUUCAAAGGCUCUAAGGUAUUUGACUGAAUUUAUGAGUGUUAAAAAUGAUUGUCCAGCAGCUUAUAAACUGCAAGGAAGAAUCCAGGAAGCAUUACUUGAACGGGAAAAUGCGAUUCAAUCUUACAUGAAGAGUUUAGAACUUGAUCAAUCACAAUCUGAUCUAUUUGAAAAAAUCAUGGAGCUGAUUCCUCACACAAAUCUUGAGCCUGAUAAAGUCAAGUUGUGGACGGAAAGACUUCAAUUGGCCAGAAAAGACAGUGACCUUCUUGAAAAGAUAAAGAUUUGUUCACCAUGUUCUCCUCCUGGAAACAUAACCUUGGAUAUUCUCAAUAAUUCUAUCAACGAUCCUGUUACACCAAUUUCUGUUAAAAAUCCUGAUCUCAACUUGACUGAUCGAAGUGACGAUAUUCACUCUACUCCAAAAUCAGGUCGUUUUGCCUCUCCAAAAGCUUUAUCGCCUUACGCUACUAAAGUUAAUUUUGAAAAAAUAGAAAAGGAGUUAAUCAUCUUGUCUCAGGCUCAAGAAGGUAUUUGUUCAAAAGUGGGUAAGCUUCAAACGGAUGUCACCAAGAGUUCAUCUGAGAUAAUUGAUGCAAUCAAAAGCUUACAGAAAAGUCUUGAGAAAUUCAACCUUGCUGCUUUCUCUGGUGAGCUGGAGAAAAAUUUAACUGAUAUUAAGGUUACUGUUAAUAAACAUACUGAUAUGAUGGAUAAAGUUAUGAAAUCACAAGUGAAUCUUGAAGAUGCCAUCUAUGAAUUUACUGAAUCUUAUGGGGAUACUCAAGGAGAUGGUGGUGCUACACAAAAUGAUGAAAAUAAACCAGUAUCAGAAUACUCAGAAUAUACUUCUGACUCUUACCCUACAGCUCAUAAUCCAUACAUUUCUGGUCCACCCGAUCAAACAUUCGCAGUUGAUUCUGUGUUUAACCCUAAAUCAACCGGUGUAUUUUCAAGACUCGGCCAAUCUCCAGGUUCUGGUUUCAUGUUCCAACCAGCUCCCAAUCCAUCCAUGCCUGGCCCAUCAUAUGUUCCUAUUUCACCUCCCGCUGUUGAACAAAGUCUUCCCCCUAGAUCACUAGAGUCACAAUUUUUCAAACUCCCAAUCAAUAUGCUACUGGUAAAACCAGUAUUCCAGCAACAGUCCCACCAUUUGGAACUAUACCCAUGGUUGCAACUUCAGGUCUCAUUGGAACUCCCUGUAACCACCCAGACCUCUUUCCCAACAAGUGUUGCUGCCGAUAGUAUGAAAAAAACAGCACCAAAUGAGCCAACUAAACCGUUAUCCGAAUUAUGGAAACCAAAGGGUUGGGAAUGUAACGCAUGUUACACACGUAAUGACGCUAAUUCUAAACAAUGUGCUGCCUGUGAGACUCUAGCUCCUGGAGCGUCACCAGUUAGUAAACCUACAGGAACAUUUAAUUUUGGUAUUCCCAUGGGGAUUGGAACAAAAGUUGAUGAAACUCCAAAUUUUUCAUUCUCAUUGCCCGUUAAAAGUCAAUUUGAUUUGGCCAUUGAUUCAUCUUCAAAAGAUCUUCCCAGAAAUGUUUCCAACAUCAGUGCCGCCGAUACCUCGUUUAGUUCAAGCAACACAAGCUCUAACAAAUCUUCCGAUUUCUCAUUUAAAUUGGAACCAUCAUCAAAUACUACCAGUGGACCACCAAGCUUCCCACUGUUUACCUCUGGUUCACCCUUUAAUACCUCUUCUUUUGGUAAUACUAAUAAAUCUCCAACAAGUCAACCAUCAAUAUUUGGAAAUACUAAGUCAGAGUCUAAUAAAGAAGGUCAAAGUGGAAUAUCUUUCUUUGGUAACAUGAAUUCAACCUCACCAUUUACAUUUAACAACAGUGGUCUUCAAACUGAUGUCGGUAAAGCUCCAGUUAAAGAAACCUUUAUGGGAGAUUUUAAUAGGAAAGAUACCGAUCUCGAAAUUGUUUACGUUAAAGAACCUAAGUCUCAACAAGCAGUAGAAUUAGCGAAAAAAUAUAAGUUACCACUUAAUUUCUAUGAUUACGAAAAUGUAAAACCCUGUCCUGGUUGUCGUGGAUGUGAUGAAGAUACUCCCAAAGAAAAACCCGCUGAUCCAAAGACAUCACAACCAUUUGAAUCUUCAGCAGAUUCUGGAUCAAAUCUCUUUGCUGCAGCCAUCGCAACUUACGGAGCCCCUCAAACCAAUUGGGAAACCGGUAAAUCUAAUUGGAGUGCCAUCACUACACCUGCUCCUGUAUUCCAGAGAACUAGUAAAGGAGGAGAUGAAGAAGAAAACUUUGCCACUGGUGAAGACGCUGGAGGCUCUGAAAAUGCUGUAUUCAAGCUUCCAACCAUCCAAAUGCCAGACAUUAUUGAAGUGAAGACCGGUGAAGAAGAUGAGCAGCCUCAAUUCACAUCGAGAGCUAAAAUUUUCUUAUUCAGUGACAAAGAUAAAGAGUGGAAAGAACGAGGUGUUGGUGAUUUUAAAAUCUUAAAAAAUCCAACCAACAAUUCAUACAGAAUGCUCCUUAGAAGAGAUAAAGUAUUGAAGAUUGCCUGUAAUCAGCGGAUUUCAUCCGGUAUCAAGUUUGAAACAAUGGAAAAUUCAGAAAAUGCCUUAACUUGGGCUGGUGUUGAUUAUUCCGAAGAACCAGAAAAACCUGGUAAAUUUUGCAUUAAAUUCAAGAAUAAAGAUAUCGCAAACGAAUUUCAUAGCAAGGUUGAAGAUAUCAAGUCAAAAUUAUCCACAAACUAAGUGAUGCAACUUUCCAUCAGAUUACAUCAAGUUUUAAUAUUUUUCCAAUCAAUCCACAUGAUCAUUGGGAAUUUUGAAUAAACAAUUGAUCAAUGAGAGGAUAACAAUAGCCACAGGAAUCAGUUUUAAUUGUCAUUGGGCUAAGAAAAAAAUCACAAAAUGAAAAGCAAAGUACAUUUUGAUGAUGAUAUUCAUUCAUUCAUUGAAUUAACAAAAAAAUCGUUUGCACUAUCAAACCAUUUAAAUGUAAAAGGUAAAACAACAUACAACUUGUGAUUAUUAUCAGUGUAUCAUGAUUAUAAUCAACUCUCUUUAAUAAUAAAAAAAAAUCAAUCAUCUCAGGAAAA